AUGACAACAAACGCUGAAUAUCCAACAACAUCAGAUGAGGAAGAUUCGUUAGAAGAAGAAAAAACAGUGAGUGGAUCGACUCGAAGGGGCGAAUUUCAAGGUCGAAUUUUCAAAUGGACAAACUAUUUACAUGGUUGGCAAGAACGAUAUCUCAUCUUAAGACAAGGAUUUUUAAAUUAUUAUAAAAACGAGUACGAUUCGACACUGGGCUGUCGUGGUGCUCUCGCUGUUCGACAAGUUAUAACUCAGGUAGAUGAGUUCAUUUCGAUAUUCACAUUCGAUCAUAUUGAUUUUUCCAGCCACAUGAAUUUGACGACUGUCGUUUCGNGGACAAACUCUUUACAUGGUUGGCAAGAACGAUAUCUCAUCUUAAGACAAGGAUUUUUAAAUUAUUAUAAAAACGAGUACGAUUCGACACUGGGCUGUCGUGGUGCUCUCGCUGUUCGACAAGUUAUAACUCAGCCACAUGAAUUUGACGACUGUCGUUUCGAUAUACGCGUUGGUGAUUCGGUGUGGUACCUUCGUGCUCAUAGUACAGAAGAUCGCGAACGAUGGAUGCAGGUGCUAGAAGAACAUAAACAACUGUGUAAAAGCGAAUCGGAUUACGGAGGUGAAACAAAUCUAAGACGACAUCCAAGUAUCGGAUCGUUAGCGUCAGCAGCAAGCGCCAGUGUCGCUUCGACCGGUUCUUUUCGGAGAGAUCGUAAUUUAAAAGAGAAGUUACAUGAAUUAGAAACAUUCCGAGAGCUACUUGGACAACAAGUUCAGACUUUACAAACAUAUUUUGAUGCAUGUGCAAAUUCAGUAACUAAAGGAUUUGAGCCAUACCAAAAAGAAUAUGAGAAUGCCCAUGACUUAGAUUUUGAAGAUUCAGUAGACAAAAACCAUGCUACACCAACUCUAACUAAUGAACCUGGAAAAAGUGCAAUACCAAAAUCAAAGAUCGAAGGUUUCGCACUAGACGAUCAUGCAGCUAUGUCAAUCGAUUUCAAAGGAGAAGCUUUGACAUUCAAAGCAACUACCGAUGGUGUUAUACAUAAUCUUACUAUUUGUAUUGAACUGAUGCAAAAGCGAGAAGAUAUAUGGAGAAAGAAAUAUGAAAAAGAAUUAGAACGACGAAGGAAAUUUCAAGAUUUGUAUGGUAAAAUAAUCAAGCAAAACAUUCCCGCACUUGGCUCGCCGGAUGCCGAAGAAGGUCCACAUAGUACAUUGAAAGAAGAUGAAUUUUAUGAUGCUAUCGAUCAAUCCCUGGAUCGUAUUGAUCGUGAAACCGACGACCUUUACCGUUCAAAAGCGAAACAUUUUACAAUGAAAUCGUUUAAAAAAACUUUUCAUAUUCCGCCAUCCUAUGCAUUUACAGCUGGCUGUUCAAACCCAACAACAGUUAUAUCUUUAGCACCAUUUGUUUCCUCUUGUGCAUCUCCAUUAAACUAUGUUGGUGGUUUACGACCGUAUUAUCAACAAAGAAAAUUCCUUAUCACACCAAAUCCACCAUCUCGAUCCUCUUCUCCGGCAGUCUCAACUGUUGGAAUUCACAGUACAGAUGAUGAUCAGUACGAAACACCACCGUCAUCAGUAGAUAGUGGUGACGAAACCAGUGAAAUGAAUCCAUUUGAAGUUCUAGCUAAAAAAGAAAAUUUCAAUCAGGCAAAAUCAUCAUCGAGUGAUCGUUCACGAACGACAGCAAUCAAGUCAAAAAGUUCCACAAAUGCCACAGCUGUGUCGGCAACAGGCAACCAUAAGGCACUUGUCAGUGAAAAACAUCGAUUAAGUGCUGAAAUCGAGCGAGUUGUUCAAGGACAUUUAAAAUACAAAUACGAAGACGUUAGUGAUGGCUGGGAUUUAAUACAUCAGGAAGGUGAGAUGAAAGUUUAUCGACGUGAAGUAGAAGAAAAUGGUCUUGUUCUCGAUCCAAUGAAGAUAUUCCAUACGAUCAAAGGAGUAACUGGUCAUGAAAUCUGUCAUUAUUUCUGGGAGUUUCAAUAUCGAAUGGAAUGGGAAACUACGCUUGAUUCAACGAAGAUUAUUGAAGUCUUAGAUCCUCAAACAGUUGUCUUUUAUCAAGUACAUAAACGUGUAUGGCCAGCUGCUCAACGCGAUUCAUGUUUUUGGUCACAUAUCCGCUCAUUUACAAGUUCGGAUGAAGAUCAGCCAACAUGGCUUGUAGUCAACUACACAACUCCACAUCUCCUCGCACCUAUCAAAUCACCUCAAGUUCGUAUCGUUGCCAAUGUUGCUUUAAUCUGCGAAACAGUCAUUAACGAACCACCACUAAAUCCCAAAGACAUCAAACGAGAAAAUAUCGAAUGUAAACUGACCUAUGUUGCAUUUGUAAACCCUGGUGGCUGGGUGCCCAGUGCAGCAUUGCGCAGUGUAGCAAAACGUGAAUAUCCUCGAUUUCUGAAACGUUUCUCAAGUUAUGUUCUUGAGCAGACACGUGACAAACCAAUUCUAUUUUAA